AUGGAAGAACAAGUUCUGAUUAGUGGCGAUGGUUAUUUUACUAUAGUGUAUAAAAAAUCUAUUAUUUUUGAUUCAUCAAACCCAGACUUACAAUUCGGAUCAGAAAUUUCCUAUUGCUGGCCAGAGGAAGCUGCUUGUAAAAGAAUUUACAAAGGAAAAGUAAUUGCUACUUCGACCGAUGAAAAGGAAUUGAAAAAAUUGCAGUUGAAAAUGCAAAAUGCUGAGAAAAACACUAAGUCGAAAAAUAAAAGACGUAAAAUUUCCUUGGAUUCCAGCGACUGCAACACAGAAGAUGAAUCGACACCAAAUUCUUCAUUAAAUAAAAUUAAUACUGCCUUACAUCUCAAUAAAGAAUUGAACAUCGUGUUGAAUCAAAUUAAACAAAGGAAAACACUCUUCAUUUGGAAUCUUUUCAAUCUCCUAUCCAACUUCAAGUACAUCGUCCUACUGAACUUCUUGCUAGCACCUCAGCGAGCUUUAAUUCUUCUCUUGAUUCGUCCCUUAUUGAUUGCGACAAAAAAAAAGAAAAGCGAAAGUAAAAAUCUGAAAAAUCCAACAGAACGUCAAAGUAUUAUAGUAGACAAGGAACCUAAUCUGAAAGCAGAUGAGGGAGCUAUUGAUAUAACGGGCGAGGAAUCUGAUGAUACUGCAGUCAAAAAGAAAAAUGACGAAAAUGAAGACGACUUCUUAGUUUUUACUAAAGAGACUGCUAAUGCAGAGAAGGCAACGGAGUUAUUCACUGGAAGUGAUGUUUAUAUUGACAAAUUAGAAUUUAAGAACAUCAAGCGAACAGCUGGAUCCCAAACAUCACUGGCUCGAUCACUUAUGGUCGCUAUAUUUAAGGAGAAAGCACUUAUUACAUGCAGUCUUUUCAGAAAGGGGAACAAGGAUGCAGAAACGAAAUGUCUUCCCAAUAAUGCUGUUAAAGCUAUAUUAAGUUUUUCUCGUCGUUUUGCUGCUACCAAGGAGGAUUGGAAGUUAAUUGAUGACACAGCAGUAAAAGAUAGUAUGCGAUCGAAAUUAAAAGAAAUGAGAAAGAAGUCGAAGAAAGAAAGCAAGUCAUCGACUAAAUAGCUUGAAAUUGGGGAAUUCGACCUUAUACCAUCAUCUACUUUCCUUAAAGGGCAUCUGAACCAUUAUGACGUCACAAUUUGUGCAAAGCAUAUGUUCUAAAACCAUGACGUCAUAAUGGUUCAAGUGCCCUUAAAUCUUUGGUUUUUCAUUUUUUUUCAUUUUUGGUUUUUUUCAUUACAGAUAUUUAGCUUAGGCCACGGAUCAGUUUCGGAAGAGAUAAAAGGAAUAAGAAAAAAACAAAAAACUUUGAUCAAAAUUAAUGAGGAUGGGGCAAUUUUUCGUUCUUACAUUAAUGGUAAAAUUUAUUGCUUAACUCCUGAAAAAUUUGUACAAAUUCAACAGAAAUUAGGUGCAGAUUAAAUCCUAGUUUUAGAUGAA